CUGCCUUGUAGCAUCACAAGAAAUUUCGCUGACGGUCGCAUGGAUGGCAAAGCCUUUCGUGACCUUAGGCUCCUUUGCACCUUUUGGGCAGGAGUUUCUCUCGGAGUCGAGCGGCAAGUAUCAGCUACUGCCGGUGGAGCACGAUGGAAUUCUUGGAGAGGAGGAGAUCUACCUCUCUAAUGAUGGCGGCUGCAUUUGGAGUAGCGGACGGCAAAUGGUGCGAGGCUUUCAGUCGGUCUCCAACCUGGGAAAUUCCAAGGUUCCCUCCAAGAUCCUUCAAGCAGUGCGAUGUACGUUCUCCCAAUUGGAGCAUCAAAACGAUGGGCCACGCGAUGGGCCAUGCGGCGCAGGCGAGUCAUGGGCCCUUCUGUGCUCUUCCGCGCUGCUGGUGAAGAAUGACGCGGAGGACUUUGUGGCGA